CCAAGUGGCUUGAUUCCAUAACCCCCGCCCCACCCGCUCUCUCUCUCUCUCAUUCUAUCCACCUUUUCUUCCCACCAAAUCCUCCUCUGUUCGUCUCCCCCAAUUACAUAAACCCCUCUCAAUCCUCCCUCACAAUUGCCCUCUCAUCUUUUCGAUUAAUCAGUCCCUCCUCUUCUCUCUCCCUUCCACCACCGUCACCGAUACAUACAUACAUAUAUAUAGAGAGAGAACGAAGUGGAGAUGUCGGACUGGGGCCCAGUGUUUGUAGCCGUGGUGCUGUUCGUUCUGUUAUCUCCGGGACUGCUGUUUCAAGUGCCUGGACACCAUCGAUGUGUGGACUUCGGCAACUUCCACACCAGUGGUGCCUCCAUUAUGGUUCAUUCCUUGCUCUAUUUCGCUAUCAUCUCCGUCUUCUUGCUAGCUAUUAAACUUCACUUGUACCUUGGCUGAUGUCACUUUUUGCUUCUCACAUUAUUCGUAUUACUGUUAUCUGCUGUUGUAACAAAUUUGUGAUCUGUCUUUCUUUGGGCAAUAAUCUUGAUUACUUUGUGUUUAUCAUAUGGGGUUUGUUGUAUUUGGCUUGAGAAUUCAUCUUUUCAAUUGCAAACUUAAGCAAUCUUUUCAGCAUUA